GUGUGUGUGUGUGUGUGUGAUCUAGCGUUACAUUGGUCGGGACAGGAGGAGGAUCCUGCAGCGGGUACACUGCCCGCUACUGUCUCGAGCUGUCCACCGGCCCUGCCAGAAUGCGCGUGUACCGCUGGAACGAGGGCACGCGGACCGAGUAGAUAAGUUGGAGGCGCGGAGCGGGUGGAGUUCAGCGGCGCGGACACGCUGUAAACUUCACCCCCACACACACACACACACACACACCUCCACCCCCACCCCCGCUGACGGGACAUUAUCGCUUUCGACGGUGGAUGCGGGGCACGUGAAGCGAGCAGCGGGGACUCGGACAUGGAGACUCAGCCGGAGCGCGGCAGCGGCAGCUCCGCCGCGGUGGAGCCCUGCUUUGACAGGACCUUCUCCACCCUCACCGUCGACGACGUGUACGAGAUCGCCAAGCUGAUCGGCGCCGAGGUGGAGAAGCUGAUCGACGGCUACGGGAAGGAGAGCGUGGAGGGGCUCGUGCCGCGGAUGGUGAAGGUGCUCGAGCUGCUGGAGAGCUUCGCCUCCAGGAACCACGUCCAGCAGCAGCGCGAGGAGGAGCUGCUCAAGACGUUCGAGUCCCUCCAGCUGCAGCAGCAGAAGAAGCGGGGCGGCCGGGAGGGCGACGAGGGGCCGGACAAGGACCGAGCCCGGGAGCUGGAGCAGAAGGACCAGCAGUGGAAGAGGAGGUGUGAGGAGCUGCAGGUUCAAGUCCAGCAGCUUCAGGAGGACAAGGAAGAUCUGCAGAUCAGGCUAAAGGGCAACAACGCUCAGGAAGACCGUGUCCAGCGGCAGGAGCGGGAGGUGAUGUUAAAACUGAAGGACGUCGUGGACAAGCAGCGAGAUGACCUGAGGGCCAAAGUGCAGCAGAUCGGCACCAUCUCUAAAGAGGUGGAGGCGCUCCAGGAGCAGCUGGAGCGCUUCAUGAAGAUGAACGCCGAGCUGCGGCACAAGCAGAACGUGCUGCAGGCCCAGCUGAAGAGCACCGUGGAGAGGAAGGCCGACAUGGAGGCCGACCUGAAGGAGAAGAGCAAGGAGAUCGAAAACCUCCAAGCACUGCUGGACAGAACCAACAGCAACAGCCUGUCGAGUCCCAGUAAAACAGAGCAGCAGUCGAAGGAAAAGCCUCCCGACCAGAAGGAUCAAGAUCAGCCAUGCUUCACCAAGAAGGAGGUCCGGGACAUCCUGUUUGAGAGGAAUGAGCUGAAAACCAACCUCUUCCUGGUGCAGGAGGAGCUCAACUACUAUCAGCGGGAGAUACUGAGCGAGGAGCGGUGUCCAGGUUUCCUAUUAGAAGCUGUUCGCUCCACCAUUAAGAAAAGGAGAAAGCUCAUCAAGGCCAAGAUGCUGGGGAUCGCCGUCAACGAGUGCAGCAGCAGUGACGAGGAAGAGAGGACGUCUCUGUUCACACAGUCAGAAGUGGAUGGAGCAGAGGUGGAUGGUCCAGUGAAGCCGGAUGAGUCACGCAUUCGAAACUUCUUUGGCUUCCUGUCGCGGUCUGGCAGCGGCCGGAGCCCCACCCACAUGACCAGCUCCGCCUCCACCUGGGAGAUCAUCGGAGACUCGGAGGCCGGCGAGGAGGCGGAGCGGCCGGGGGCUUCCUGAGGCUUCCUCCCCGAUCGCGGAGUUUGAACUGUGAGACUCCUCCCGAGUGUGUGUGUGUGACGCCCGUCGUGUCCUCAGCUGUGACUCGUCCCUCGGUUCAGGAGAAAAAGGUCAAGAGGACUGUAAAACGCAGUGUGGAAACAAGUCAGGUUAUUCAAUCAAGGCUACUUUAAGUUCCUCUAUAUGCGAAUUUCAAUCUCAUCACGAGGCUCUUUUUUCACAAUCCAAGUGAGAAGCGGUGAUAAAACAGCAGAAUGUACAAUUCACAGUAUAAAAGGGACACUUUUUCAGAUGGCCUAGUGUAUUCAGGUACUGAAACUACAGUCGUGCCACUAUUUUAAGUAAGGUAAAAAAGACACGUUUAGCUAAAACCAAAGACAAUACUAACAAGUAUUUUAUGAAUGACUCUAAUAAUAUGACAAAUAAGGGUCACUUCUUUUCUGUAAAGUUGUUCUUUUUAAAAGUUUAAGAGUUUUAUCUCAGACCUCAUUAGGACAAAUCCAAGCCUUGUGUUUACUCUUGUAUCUUUAAAGCACUUUUACCCACAAAGAAAAAGAAAAGUUAGUAAAAGUCUUAGUACCAGUCUCUUCCAGCAGCCAGUUCUGUUUAAUCCGUCAAGCCUUAACGUGCUGCUUAUGUUAGAAAUAUGUUUUUUAGUAAAUGUCGAAGCACCGGGCCGGUGUGCCAGAAGUAUGUGCUGAUUGGUUGCACCAAUCUGAGCGUUGUGCUAAAGAAUCAGUGUGGAGAAUUCAGAGUAUCCAGCAGUAUUGAUCCACAUUGAUAUUAAUCAAUACCUCUAUAUGAAUACAGGUACCAGCUCACAGUUAGAAAACGAUGGAAAAACUCCUGUGGUGAUAAUUUAAUGUUUUAAUCUUAAUGAUUUUAGCUGAAAAGUCAUAAAAAUCCAAAACAUUAAAAUACUUCUUAAGUGUUUUCUGAGACGCUAUGUGAAAGUGAUGAAGCUGGUAAAAGAGUCAGUGUUUUGAGCUCCAGUGAAGACAUGAAAGACUUCUAUCAGUCCCAUGCGGCUUCUUUGACAUGUGAUCAUAACAUGCUUUCAAGUGGAAAUAUGUUUUAUUUAGGAAUCCAUUCAGCCUCGUUCCUAAAGCCAUCCCCCAGUUCUCUUUUGAGUGUCUGAUGGUAGGACACGUCAGAUCAGUGAUACUUGUUUAUCGACGACAUACGAACCUCCAGUCUCAACAUUGUCCUCUAAAAUACUGUGUUUCAAUAUAGAUAUAUAUAUAUAUAUAUAUAUAUAUAAUAUAUAUUUUUAAGCAUGUGUGUUAUCGAGCGGUUUUAAGAUGUGGAUAGCCACGGCAGUGUAUUUUCUGUAUAGUUUUUGUAAAAAAAAC